GAUGAAUGAAAAUAACAAUGAAACAAAUUCGGUGGCACAAUUUAUUGAAAAUCCAUUGCUAGAAAUAAAUUAUAAACAAAAUUUCCCGAAGGGAGGAUCAUCACAUAUGUCUAAACAACAAACCAGUUUAUAUCAAGAAAAUGAACGGCUUUUAUCAAGUUCUUACAAAUCGAAAGAAGAAUUUACUAGAGAAUAUAAAAAGUUAUACUGUGAAAAUCUAAAAGCAAAAGAAUUUUAUCUGCUAGUUUUAAUUAAAGUUGCUAAGGCCAUAUCUGACAACAAUGUAGCUAAUUUAAAAAAACUGAGCAAAUUUAUUGGUUAUGUAAACAGUGUAGAAAAUCAGGCAACUUUGAGAGAUUAUUAUAAUGAUGUUAAAAAUCCUAUUCAAAAAACUAAUCUAGUUAUUCUAGCUUGCCAACACAAUAAAGUAACAAUCCUAGAAUACUUGUUUGAUAAUAGUAGCAAUAUUUUAAAUUCUUUAUCGGUUGAUAUUGGACGAAACAUAACAUUACCAAAUGAUAAAGAUGAAUUAGGCCACAACGCAAUUUAUUAUGCUAUACGUUCAGGCAAUAUUGAACUUCUGGAUACACUUAUUAAUAAAUGGCCAGGAAAUUAUUUUGAUAUUAAUUUCAAUGAGUUAGAUGAAAUUAUUUCGCAACCUUAUGAAGAACUAAAGCUAAAGAACAUACCAUUGUCAGAAGAGAUAGAAAUUUUUAUAUAUAACAAGCUAAUAAAUCUACGUUUCUUCUCCAAUGUUCCCGAGCAAAAAUGUAAUGAAGAGGGUAAUGUUAAUAACAUCAUAGAAAGAAUUGACCUUGUACUUCAAAAUAUUGCCUUACUAAAGGAAGAGUUCUCAAAUCGAGAACAAGUGAAUCAAAAGUUUUUAUUCAUAGCAAAAUUUAUUGCACAAAAUAUUCAUAUAUUAAAACGACAGUUGAAAUCCACCUACGAUAGACUACCUUGGGAAGAAAUUGAAUUUUGUUUGGUAAUUUUUGUUUCUUCUCGUACAAAUCGAAAAGAAAUAAAUCUAUUCUAUGAUGCCACGUUGAAUAAAAAUAAAUUACUUAAUCAUUUAGAAAACUUUGCAAAGAGACUUAACGACGAAAAAGCUAUUAUAGAACAUGUGGACGUUAAUCUAUUAAAUGUUAUUCCCAACAUAAAACGUGAGCAAGUCAUUAUGGAGAUUGUUAAUAAUUAUCCUCAAUUUGGAGAGUUAUAUAGCGAUUAUAAAAAAAUUAGGGAUCUAUAUUCUUUAGAAAAAAUAAGUGAUUAUAUAAAGCUGGCAUUAUCAGCUGAUCCUAAGCAAAAAGAUGGACAGUUAAUUAUUACAAGAGCUUUGCAAAUGAUUGGUGAAAAUUUAAAAAAUACUCUAGAAAGUCCCAAGUUAUCUAGCGAUACAAGCGAGCUUCUCCUAUUAUCCUUUCCAAAUAAUACAAGAAAAGUUAUUAUAGGUUUACGAAAUUCUCUAUCACAUGCGUAUUCGCUUUUUAAGAGAACCGAAAUUGAGGAAAAUACAGAUGUUAUUUUUUUUAUUGGGAUUCAAAACGAUAAAAAUAAAAAACUAAUAUCAAUAAUAGAACUACUUGUUCUGGAUAUAAUGUCAAUCUUAGGCCAAUCAAAUAAGUAUCUAAAAAACAAUCUCAAUUUCUUAGAUGAUUACUCUCCCUUAUUAACAGGAAAAAGUUUACGCAAUCACUUAGCACAUGACAAUGUCUUAUUUGAUAUAUUGUUAUCUGAUCUUUCAAUGGCAAUUAUUUUGAAUGCUAAUAAACUUAUUUCCGAAAAUAUAAUAAAAAAUAAGAAAAAACUUGGUAAAUUAGUAACAGACGAUCCUUCUCAGUUAAAGAAUAAAUAUGAGAAAAACCUUAUCACUAUUGCCAAUCAGGAAAAAAUGUUUACUGCGCUGGAAGAAGGAAAUUUUGAAGAUUUAAAAAAUUGUCUAAGAAAAGGAGCAGAUAUUAAUGCCAGAAGUAUUAGCUCAUGGACUACACUGCAUUUUGCUGCUAAAAGUCCAAGUCUCAAAAUUAUAAAAUAUAUUUUUGAUCAAAAUAUAAAUGCCAAUGUUAAAGAUAUGAAUGGUCAAAAUCCACUUCAUAUCGCUGCUGCAUAUGGAAGGGAAAGUAUUGUGGAAUUUUUUUUAAGAGAAGUAGGCUUAUGUAUUGAUGAUCAAGAUGACAGUGGCAAAACACCCCUACAUAUUGCAGCUAAAAAUGGCCAUAAGGAUGCUGUUAAAAGUUUACUAAAAAAUAACGCUAAUACUGAUAUCAAAGAUAUUCAUGGUUUUCCACCAUUGCACUAUGCAAUAAAAAAUAAUCAUAUUGAUGUUGCUAAAAUUUUGUUAGAAAAAGAAACCAAUGUUGACAUUAAUCAGGUUAAAGGUGGCUUUACGUCACUGCAUAUUGCUGCAGAAAAUGGGCAUGUAGAACUAGUUAAUUUUUUAUUGAAAAGUAGAGCAAAUGUUAAUGUAAAAACCGACCAGGGAACAAUACCAUUACAUUUAGCAGCUCUAAAUGGAUAUCUAGAAAUAGUGAAUGCUUUAAUUUUUAAAGGAGCUAACGUUAACACCAAAACCAUAGAUGGGUGCUCACCAUUACAUUAUGCAAUAGAAAACGGUCACGAAGAAAUAGCUAAUAUACUAUUGAAGCAUGGAGCUAAUGUUAAUGUUGUUGAUAAGGUCUAUAAUAAUACACCUUUACACUAUGCAGCAAAGUAUGGACAUGAAAAUAUUGUCAAGUUGCUACUAGAAAACAAGGCAAAUGCUAGUAUUCCAACUGUACACGGUAUUACUCCACUACAUUUUGCAAUACGGGGUGGUCAUUUAAAAAUAGUUGCUACUCUUCUUGAGUAUGGAGUAAACAUUCAUGAUAAAGAUUUUAAAAGCACUUCACCAUUACAUCAAGCUGCUCAAGAAGGUCAUAAAGAUAUUAUUGAAUUGCUAAUAAGAAAUGGAGCUAAAGUUAGAACUCAAGAUAUUAUGGGCAACACGCCAUUACAUGCAGCUGCCGAGUUUGGUAGAACAAAUAUAAUUGAACUUUUAAUCAAAAAUAAAGCUGAAGUUGAUGCAAGAAACUAUGAUGGCAUAACUCGAUUGCAUCUAGGUGCUCUAAAUAAACAAGAGGACGCCAUUAUUUUUCUAAUAAAAAAUAAAGCUGAAAUCAAUACCAAAAAUAAUUAUGGUAUUACACCCUUACAUGCGGCUAUUAACGGAGGUUACAAGAACAUUGUAAUCUUUUUAAUAAAACAUAAAGCUAAAAUUAACGUCAAGGAUAUUUCAGGUAAUACACCGUUACUUGUAGCUGUAGAAGCAGGUCACCAGGAAAUCGUAGAGAUUUUGAUAGAAAAUGGAGCUGAUAUUAAUAUUUCAAAUAAUAAAAACCUAACUCCAUUAUUUUCUGCUAUUAAGCAUAACCGCAAGAGGAUUGUAGAAGUUCUCAUAGAAAAUGGAGCUAAUAUUAAUAUGGAAGUUGGCGAAUCUCUAUCAUUGGCCGUGCGCGCUGGCUAUAGGGAAAUAGUAGAAAUUUUGCUACAAAACGCGGCCUUCAUUAAUAUAAAAUAUCCUGAGGAUGUAACCCCAUUACAUUUAGCUACUCAAAGAAAUCACAAGGAGAUAGUAAAUUUAUUGAUAAUGAAAGGAUUCGAUGUUGAUGCUAUGAAUAUUCAUAAAUUAACAGCAUUACAUCUUGCAGCACAGGAAGGUCAUGCAGUAGUUGCUAAAAUUUUGAUAGCAAAAGGAGCUAACGUUAACGUUGCAAAUGUUGAAAAUACUUCACUACACCUAGCUGCAAUGCACGGCCAUGUCAAUAUUAUUAAAAUCCUAUUAAGUAAUGGAGCAAAAAUUGAUGUUAAGGAUAAUCAGAAUAGAACACCUUUAGAAUUGGCAGUUUAUCAUAGUCAAUUGGAUGUGGUAAAAAUGUUACUACGGCACAAAAAAGUUGAUAUUAAUGCUAAAGGGAAAGAUGAUUGGACAUUACUGCACAUUGCUUCACAAGCAAGUAAUUUAGAAAUGGUAAAAUUUCUAGUAAAUAAAGGAUCCAAUAUUAAUGCAAGAACUAUGUCUGGCUUAAAGCCUAUACAUUUUUCGGCAAGAGAAGGUAAUAAAGAUACCGUGGAGUUUUUCCUUAGUAAAGGGCUGAGUAUCAAUGAGCUUGGUUCAACCAAUCAAACAUUACUACACUAUGCUACAAAGAAAACUCAGUUUGAAGUUGUAAAAUACUUGUUAACACAAGAAGCUGAAGUUAAUGCUAAAGAUGAUAAUGAUUCUACCCCUUUGCAUAUUGCUGCUACCGUUAAUAAUAAAGAUAUUAUUGAAAUUUUGUUAGAAAAUGGUGCAAUUUACAAUCAUAUCAAUAAACUUUCUAAAAUGCCUUUGGAAAUUGCUGAAAAAAAAGGCAUUAUCAGUUUAUUAACCUUAACAGAAAAAUUAUUUGAAUCCAUAAAACGCAAUAGUUCGUUGGAGGUUGAGAAUGAUAUUAAAGCAGGUGCAUUUGUUAAUGCAAAACAUACUAAACUAGGAACUUCAUUACAUUAUGCUGCAUGGAAAGGCUAUGACAAAAUUGUCAAGAUUCUAUUGCAGAAUAAAGCCAAUCCUAAUAUAGUUGGUAGUAAAGGAUUUACGCCCAUGCAUUACGCUACGAAAUUUUCCCAUUUAAAAAUUGUAAAAUAUCUAUUAACUUAUGGUGCGGUAUAUAAUGCUAUGUCUGACAGUGGCAAAACACCACAAGACUUUGCUGUGGAUAGAAACAUAAAUAGUUUACUUAAGUUAAUUAGAGAAUCGUUUAAAAAAGUUAAAGAAGAUAAUGAUCAAGUUAUAAACGACCUAAAUAAGAUACAGGAUAAUGAAACAGUAAAAGCAGUGAUGGGGUCUUGUGAUAACCAAAAUAAAACGUUAAUUGUUGUUGCAAUACAUUGUAAUUUUUCUAAAGUCGAGCAGUUGAAACAAAUAUCACAAAGUGGCAUAUCCACUGAGAUUUUAACAGGUUCGAUGCUUCUCGAUCAAGGACAUUACCAAAACGCAUUAAAUAUUUUCAGAAAUGCAUUUGAAAGAAGGAAAGAAAUACUGGGAUCCGAUAAUCCAGGCACUUUAGAUAUCCAGGCAAAGAUAGCGAUGGUGUUAUACAAACAAGGAAAAUAUCAAGAAGCAUUAACCAUGUAUGAAGAGAUUUUUCAGAAACAAAAAGAAACACUAGGUUUAAAUCAUGAAGAUACUUUAAGUACAAGAAGUGUAAUCGCUUUAGUACUUUACAGGCAGGAAAAUAAUGAAAGAGCUUUUAAUAUUUAUCAAGAUGUUUAUCAGAAACAAAAAGAAACACUUGGGUCAAACCAUCCAGAUACCUUAAAUACUAUGUUUCACAUGGCAUUAGUAUUAGAAAGGCUGGGAAAAUACGAGGAAGCGUUAAAUAUCAAUAAAGCAGUUUUUGAAAAGAGAAAAGAAACUUUAGGUUCGAAUAAUCUAGCCACUGUGUCUGCCAAAAAUAAUAUAGCUUUGGUACUAGCUAGUCAAAAAAAAUAUGAAGAGGCUUUAAAACUCUAUAAGGAGGUUUUCGAAAAGAAGAAAAAGAUAUUAGGCAUUAAUCAUACUGACACCUUAAGAACGUUACAUAACAUUGCUGGAAUACACUUCAGUCAAAAAAACUAUAGUGAGGCCUUGAAAGGCUUUCAAGAGGUUCUAAAUAUCCAAAAAGUAGCUUUGCUACCGAAUCACCCAGAAGCAUUAACCACUGAAUACAAUAUAGCAAAUGUACUCUUAUUACAAGGUAAAUACAUCAGUGCACUGAAAACUUUUACGGAAAUUCAUGAUAAAAUGAUAACUGUUUUUGGGCCACAUCAUCCGAGAGUUAUGGAUAUUUUAACGAAGAUAAAGAUUAUUAAUGCAGGACUUAGGUUUCAGGGUAGUGGAUUAUCAGAGGUUUUACAGAAUCAUCAGAAAGAAAUUUUGUUGCUUAAUAUUGCUGCAAAUGAGGGGGAUGUACAAACUGUCCAGCGUCUAUUAAAUGAUGGAGCAAAUGUCAAUGAUAAAGAUGUUGAUGGAAGAACACCUUUGCAUUUCGCUGUUAGCAAUGGACACAUAAAUGUUGUGAACAUGUUACUACAAAAUGGAGCUGUUGUAACUGAAGCUACUAAAAAAGGCAAUACACCAUUACAUACGGCUACUUCUAAGGGCUACAAGGAAAUCAUCGAAGUUUUGUUGCAACAUAUAAGUCGUAACCGUGACAUAUUAAAUGAUUUUAUAGAUGCCAAAACCACUUCCAGUGGUACCACAUCACUCCAUAUUGCCGCUAAAAGUGGCUUUUUGGAAAUUAUAAAAUCCUUACUAAAACACGGUGCAAUUUAUAACUCCAAGAAUAAAAAAGGUGAAGUACCCGUCGAUGUUUCUACAGAUCAGAAAACCAUAAACUUACUGAAAUUAAUCGAAAAUUUGUUUAGAGAUGUCAAAAAUGGUAAUCUUGGCACUAUAAGUAAGCUAAGAUCAAUAAAACCUGAUGAAUUUUUAGCUUUAACAAGCGCCCGUAAUAAUCAGGGGAAUACAUUAUUGCAAGUUGCAAUUUUCAAUAAGCACAAUGCUAUUGCAGGUGAAAUAUUAAAAAUGCUGAUGACCAAUUGAACCAAACUAACUUUUGCAAUUACUUGUAAAAUAAUUAAUUACUUUACUUUUAAAAUAAUGUACCAACC